CUUAAAGCGAGUGGUUUUUUACUCCGGGAGGAGGUUAUGCGAAAUGGCGGGAACAGGGGAAGCAGAUUGUGAAGAAUCGGAUGGAAAGCAGUCCUUCUUCAUAUGGGAUGACGAAUCUCAGCUGUACUACCAUGCUAGUACUGGAUUUUAUCAUGAUCCCACUGCAGGCUGGUAUUACAGCUGCAAAGAUGGUCUCUAUUACAAAUUUGAAAAUGGAAAUUAUGUACCGUUGGGGUCUGACCAGGGCAAUCAAUCUGAAAUGCAUCAGGGCUUGAACACUGAUCUUAAUAAUUCCAUUCAAGAUGACCCUAAUACGCUUGUACGUUCUUAUAAAGAUGUAGAUUAUUCAUCUUGUCAAGUAGGUGAAUCUGAAGCCAAUUAUGUAAGGGUUUCUGCUGAUGAAUCAUCGACAGUCCACAAAGAGUGCAACAGCAAUCAAAUGCCUGAAUGCCCGCCUCCACCAUCAGAAUGGUUAGAAGAUACUCUUAUUGAUCUUUAUUUGUCCGGUUACUCCAACCAACCAACCGAAGCUGUUUAUGAUAUGACAAUGCCAGUGGAAACAGAUUGUGGUGAUAACUUGGGUUUACAAUUCUAUGGAAAUGAUGAACCUGAGGAACUGGAAGAAGGUGAAUGGAUUCCAGAUGAAGACCAUGAAGUAAAUGAUCCAAGUGGAAGAGUUUCAGAUGAAGUUGCUUCUUGGGAAGAAGAAAACUGGCGUGCACAGUAUGGUCAAGUAAUUCAGUCUAGUGAAGAUUCACUUCCAGAUUUUCAGGUAGUGGAUUUAUGGGAUUGGAGAGUGGUGACGGGAACCAAAAAGGAUGGAAAAGGUCAGGCAGUGAGGCUGGUUGGGCGAUUAGUGAGACAAUCCACUAGACUUCAUCCUGCAAUGCCUUUGGGUGGUGGUCUACUUAAAACUGCUCCAAUAUGUGAAGUACAUCUUGAUCUGGUACGAGUUACAUCAGGGCAGGUGUAUAAGUUGAGGAGUCCUAGUGUUAGAUACUUGGCCUCCUUGUCAACUUAUGAUUCCUCCAACCCAACUAAAGAUUGGGGCUUCCCAGAAUUGUCAAUUGAUCAGAAAAUUCAAGACCUAUCUGGAUCCAGUGGGAAGACUAUAACUGGAGUCCCUGUACACAAAGAUUUGUCUUCAUUGCCAGAUCCAAUUGACACAUCAAAAAGUCAUGGAGGCAAUGCCUACAGGGAUCGAGCUGCGGAGAGAAGGGCUUUGCAUGGUGGUUUUGGUGUGGGUCCAGGACAAAAGAAAUCAACAGAGAGCAAUGAUUCUGUAUCAUCGCCUGUUUCUACAGAGGAAGCUGCAGGCGAAGCCUUAAACAUGUCAUUUGGAGCUGGUAGCUAUGCCAGGAGGCUUUUGGAAGGCAUGGGCUGGAAAGAGGGGGAGGCACUUGGCAGCAGUUCAAAGGGCUUGAUAGAACCGAUAAAGGCAGUGGGAAACAAAGGAACUGCAGGAUUGGGUUGGGAUCAGAGCAGAAGAAAGCAUCUCCGAGCCGGAGACUGACAGCCCCAGCCUAUCAAGAUUUGGAAGUGAGACCUCUAUUUGCUUGCCCUUGAUAUGGUUCUUGGAUAAGAAGCUGCUUGGAGGAAGAAGAUGCAAGAGGUGUACUUUGUUGUGUAGAGUAGCUCCCCUUCGAACUAGAAGUAUCAUACAUUUUGCUGUAUGCGUUUGAAUUGCGUGCACUCUGAUGAUGAUAUGACCUUUGAAGGGAAAAAAAUAAAAAUUUUGUUCUCUUUUUGUGCAAAUAUUUGUUUAUCAUCCAUUU